CUACCUUCUCACCGAUUUUCAGAAAGCGAAAGAGACUUUGGUUAAUUCGUCAGUAAGGAAAUGGAGCUCUCCACAGUCAGUACCAUCACUCACGUCCCUUCUUCUAGCACCAGGCGCCACGUAUAUCUCUCCGGAAACGAUGUGCGUAGGAUCUCACUCCCUCGACAGGACAACGUUGCAUCUCUCCGUCUUCAAUCCCGCAAGUUGCGAUGUACGAGGAAGUUUCCAGGAGAAACAGUGUCUGAAGACACGUCAUCGGGAGUAAAUGACUUUGGUCUUGAGAAGAAGCCUGAAGUAGUUGCAGACAAAGAGGAUAACUUUACUAGUGAAGCUCAAGAUGCAGUCGAAGAGAGAAUCUUCACUAGUGAAGCUCAAUCUGAAAACGAGCAAGCUCAAGCCUCCUUAGAGUUCUUCAACGAUAUCAAGCUGGACUCAGACAACACGUAUUCGAUCCUGCUCUAUGGGUUUGGUGCGGUACUUGCUGUCUACUUGACUUCUGCAAUCGUUGGUUCUCUUGAAUCAGUUCCCCUGUUACCUAAGCUGAUGGAAGUGGUUGGUCUCGGAUACACACUCUGGUUCACUACACGUUAUUUACUCUUUAAGAGUAAUAGAGAAGAACUCAAGAUGAAGAUUAGUGACAUCAAGAAGCAAGUUCUUGGCUCUGAUAGUGAUUGAGUAGUUGGUCUUCUUUUUUUUUGUUGCGUGUGUAGAAUGGAAAAAAGAAAAACAUGUUUCCCUUCCCACUGAACUGUUCUUAGGAAAAAAAAAUAGUUGGUCGUUUUUUUGGUUCAGAGUGUUGAAGAACAUCUUUUGAUAUAUAGAAGAAUUUUUAGAAAAGGUUCCACUA